AUGCAGAUAUUAUCAACAGGUAAGAUGAGUAAACUCAGGAUUACCAACGAAAAUGGAAGACUCACCAAGGAAGAGAUUGAGAAAAUGAUAAAAGAUGCUGAGAAUUACAAACGCGAGGAUGAAGAAUACAAGAAGAAAGUAAAUGCAUUCAAUGCUUUAGAGGAUUGCAUAUACAACAUGAAGAAGAAGAUCAAAAAUAUGGCGUAUGGUGUGAGGCUGAAUGAACUGGAGCACGUGAUUGCAGACACGACCAAGUGGAUGGAGAACCACCAAGAUACAUCAGUUGAUAAGGUUCAGGCAAUGAAGGAAUAUCUAGAGUCUAUAUGCAUGCGAGAAUUUUUGUUCUCAGAGUUGUUAAUUAAACUUUGGUAUCUUAUGAAGUGGUCAUUCAUUUAUUAA